AUGCCGUCUACGCACAACACAGACAAGCCAUGGGACACGGACGAGAUCGAUAAGUGGAAGAUCGAGCCGUUCAAGCCAGAGGACAACGCGGGAGGAACCUUCACUGAAGAAUCUAAGUUCUCGACGUUGUUCCCCAAAUAUCGGGAACAGUACCUCCGUUCCUCAUGGAAGGUGAUCACGGCAGCGCUGGCGAAACAUGGCAUCGCCUGCGAGCUCGAUCUGACUGAAGGAUCUAUGUCAGUGGCUACAACUCUUAAGACGUACGACCCAGCUGCAAUCUUGAAUGCCAGAGAUCUCCUCAAGCUGUUGGCCAGAUCCGUCCCAGCACCCCAAGCUCUCAAGAUCCUCGAGGACGACGUCGCUUGCGACAUCAUCAAGAUAAGGAAUCUCGUGACAAACAAGGACCGCUUUGUCAAACGGCGACAGCGGAUCCUUGGACCCAAUGGCUCAACACUAAAAGCCUUGGAACUUUUGACCGAAACUUUCAUACUUGUUCAAGGCAACACUGUCGCGUGCAUGGGCGGAUACAAAGGACUGAAAACGGUCAGGCGGAUAAUUGAAGAUACAAUGGCUAAUGUACACCCAAUAUACUCAAUCAAGGAGUUGAUGAUCAAAAAGGAGCUGGAAAAAGAUCCGAACCUCCAAGGGGAAUCUUGGGACCGCUUCCUGCCCAAUUUCAAGAAACGAACUACGGCGAAGCGGAGAGUGCCUCACAAGGUCACCGACAAGGCGAAGAAGGUUUACACGCCGUUCCCACCCGCACAGGAGAAGAGCAAGGUCGACCUGCAGAUCGAGAGCGGAGAGUACUUCUUGGGCAAGCAAGCGAAGGAACGCAAAGCGAAGGAAGACCGAGAGGCCAAGAUGAAGGAGAAGAUGGACGAGAAGCGAAAAGAGCGGCUCAGCGAGUAUGUUGCCCCGGCGGAAGAUGGCGGCGAGAAGAAGAAAAAGAAGCGGAAGCGGGAAGAAGGCGAGGAGAAAGAAAAGAAAAAGAAGCGCAAGGAUGUCGAAGUCAAUGGCGAUGCAGCUUAG